AUGUCUCUUGUGAAGCAAAAUUUGUACAAAUUAUAUGAGAAUUAUGAGAGUGCCUUGGGCCCACAUUCUUCCCACGGGCAAGUUUCUUCGUCUCAAACUAUUCCAUCUCCAUCGCCAAGUAGACCGACUUUGAAAACACAUGGAAAAAGAGUUUUUGAUGACAUGUGUUCUUUUGAGAGCAAAUCAAAAAGAAUUGCCGGGAAAUCUCAAUUGGACCUCUAUUUGGAGGAACCAAAAUUUGAUUUUGGCUUUUAUGACAAAUUGGAUGUCUUGGGGCAUUGGAAAGGUCAAGAGAAGCGAUUUCCGGCCCAUGAAUUGAUGGCAUGGGAUGUGUUGGCCAUUCCCAUUACUAGUGUUGCUUUGGGGUCCGCAUUCUCCAUUGGUGCUCACGUGCUCACCAAGUGUAGGAGUCGUAUUCUCCUGGAAAAAAUUCAAGCUCUCAUUUGCACUCGUAAUUGGUUGCAUGGAUUUGUUGUUGUUGAUGAAAGAAAGAAAGCAAAAUCAUGUGAAGGCUCAAAUGUUUUAACUAGCAUUAAUGAAGAAGGUGAUGAAGGAGAAAAUGAGGAUUUUGAUGAUGUGAUGAUUGAUGAAUUUUGA